AUGUGCAUGCGGUGGAGCCUUGUGUGCCGCUCCUGUUUGCUUCUCCCUCUUCCAUCUGUGUGUCGUGCGUGGUGUGCGGCGUACGGUGCAUGCCUGGCUGCUGCCCUCUCCUCAUGUGGUGUGCCCUCUGUGUGUGUCUGCUGCACCUCUCGUCUCCCCUGUUGCUCUCCAUGUCCCUCACUGUGCAGAUCAGCUCCACACCACCGAACGACCACACUCACGAUGACGACGUGCCGUCUGCUGUGCGCCCUGUUGGUGCUCGCCCUGUGCUGCUGCCCGUCCGUGUGCGCGGCAGAGUCUACUCAGCCUGAAGUUAAAGCUCCUGUCGCUGCCAAUCCACAGUCCCCUCCAUCGGUGAUACCAUCACAGGGGACAAGUCAGCCAGGGUCGCCAAGUAAUGGGUCCGGUGCGGAAAAGGGAAUUACUGCAGGAGUGGGACCAAGUUCGACCGCUGCAAGUCCGGAAUCAGUUGACGUGUCUAACACGUUACGAAAUCAUGAUACAGACGGUAAUCCAGGACCAGAAAUCGGCACAAGACAAUCCGCAGAAGAAGCAAAUCAGGAAGCCGAAGAUCCUGCCGAGAAGACCACGACGACGACUACAACAAAGGCACCAACAACGAUAACAACCACUACAACAAAGGCACCAACUACGACUACAGAGGCGCCAACCACGACGACCACCCGCGCACCGUCACGUCUUCGCGAAAUUGACGGCAGCCUCAGCGGCUCUGCGUGUGUGUGUGCCUCGCUGCUGCUUGCCGCAUCCGCGCUGGCGUACACCACUCUGGGCUGA